CAGGGGCAGACUAACCAUUUGGAAACUCGGGCACUGCCUGAGGGCCCGGGGUCAGUAGGGGGCCCCAUGAGAUGCCCUUGGUACCUUUUUCAUAUAUUUUUUUUGAGUUUGGGCAAGGACACAGGGGCCCUAUUGCCCGGGGGCCCCAUGAGUUGUCAAUCCGCCCCUGUCCACCCCUGACCAUUGCAUCCAGCACCAGUUUUCCUGACCACCACCACAUCAGUCCCAGUGACACC